AUGGCAGCCCCCCAGAAACCAGCUGCCGGGCCGUUGGUGGGGGCCGUGGUCCAGGGCACCAACUCCACUCGCUUCCUGGUUUUCAACUCAAAAACUGCGGAACUACUUACUCAUCAUCAAGUGGAAGUAGCCCAGGAGUACCCCAAAGAAGGAUGGGUGGAACAAGACCCGAAGGAAAUCCUGCAGUCGGUCUAUGAGUGUAUAGAGAGAACGUGCGAGAAACUUAAGGAGCAGAACAUCGACAUAGCCAACAUAAAGGCUGUUGGCGUCAGCAAUCAGAGGGAAACCACCGUGGUGUGGGACAAGCUAAGCGGGGAGCCGCUCUAUAAUGCCGUGGUGUGGCUUGAUCUAAGAACCCAGUCGACUGUGGAGAGCCUUUCAAAGAAAAUCCCGGGCAAUAAUAACUUUGUCAAGUCUAAGACAGGCCUUCCACUCAGCACUUACUUCAGUGCAGUGAAACUUCGUUGGAUGCUUGACAAUGUGCUAGAUGUUCAAAAGGCUGUCGAAGAAGGAAGAGCUCUUUUCGGCACCCUCGAUUCAUGGCUCAUCUGGAGUAUGACAGGAGGAGUAAACGGAGGUGUGCAUUGUACAGAUGUAACAAAUGCAAGUAGGACAAUGCUUUUCAACAUCCAUUCUUUGGAAUGGGAUGCAGAGCUCUGUAAGUUUUUUGACGUUCCAAUGGACAUUCUUCCAAAUGUCUGGAGUUCUUCUCAGAUCUAUGGCCAAAUAAAAGGUGGGACCUUGGAAGGUGUGCCAAUAUCUGGGUGUUUGGGGGAUCAGUCCGCUGCAUUGGUAGGACAAAUGUGCUUCCAGGAAGGACAAGCCAAAAGCACAUAUGGAACAGGCUGUUUCUUACUGUGUAAUACAGGUCGUAAGUGUGUGUUUUCUGAACAUGGACUUCUGACCACUGUGGCUUACAAACUAGGCAAAGACAAGCCAGUACAUUAUGCCUUGGAAGGUUCUGUUGCUAUAGCUGGUGCUGUUAUUCGUUGGCUAAGAGACAAUCUUGGAAUCAUAGAGACCUCUGAAGAAAUUGAAACACUUGCUAAAGAAGCAGGUACUUCUUAUGGCUGCUACUUUGUCCCAGCCUUUUCAGGGUUAUAUGCACCUUAUUGGGAGCCCAGUGCAAGAGGGAUAAUCUGUGGUCUCACUCAGUUUACCAAUAAAUGUCAUAUUGGUUUUGCUGCAUUAGAAGCUGUUUGUUUUCAAACCCGAGAAAUUCUGGAUGCCAUGAACCGAGACUGUGGAAUUCCACUUACUCAUUUGCAGGUGGAUGGAGCAAUGACGGUCAACCAAAUUCUUAUGCAACUACUAGCAGAUAUUCUGCACAUUCCAGUGAUAAAGUCGUCUAUGUCUGAAACAACCGCACUGGGCGCUGCCAUGGCAGCAGGAGCUGCAGAAGGAGUAGGUGUCUGGAGUCUUAAACCCGAGGAUUUGUCUGUCAUUGGGAUGGUCCGAUUUGAACCACAGAUCCAAGCCACAGAAAGUGAAAUUCGUUACUCUACAUGGAAGAAAGCUGUGAUGAAGUCAAUGGAUUCUGUUCCAUCUCAGUCUCCCCAAGAAGACUUUUCUAUCUUCUCUAGUCUGCCUUUGGGUUUUUUUAUAGUGAGUAGCAUGGUGAUGUUAAUUGGAGCAAGAUACAUCUCAGGUAUCCCAUAA